CUGAUAAGCAGAAGAAGAAGCUCUCAGUGCGGCAGUCGUUCAGCGGAAUCUCCUGCUGAUGAACCUUGAGAUGUGGAGCAUCAGAAGCCGGAAGUAGGCUAGCUGUCGGCUAAUCUGCUAGCUAUUCCACUUUGCUCUUGUUGUGGGGAAACCAGCAGGCAGCUACCUUUUGGACAGGUGUGUGGGCUGGACGGGACUGUCAUUUAGGCAAGCACCUGCACUGUUUGCUCGUAGAUGUGACAGACCACACCAACACAACCAGCCUCACUAUGGGUGAGGACCGGGGGAAGUAUGAUUUCUACAUCGGCCUGGGGUUGGCCGUCAGCUCCAGCAUCUUCAUCGGAGGAAGUUUCAUCUUGAAGAAGAAAGGACUUCUGCGGCUGGCCAGGAAAGGAUCCAUGCGAGCAGGCCAGGGGGGUCAUGCAUAUCUGAAGGAGUGGCUGUGGUGGGCCGGUUUAUUAUCAAUGGGAGCCGGUGAAGCAGCGAACUUUGCAGCGUACGCCUUCGCUCCGGCGACCCUGGUGACCCCGCUGGGAGCGCUGAGCGUGCUCGUCAGUGCGGUGCUGUCCUCCUACUUCCUGACGGAGCGGUUGAACCUCCAUGGGAAGCUGGGCUGCCUCCUCAGCAUCCUGGGCUCCACCACCAUGGUGAUCCACGCCCCGCAGGAGGAGGAGAUCAGCAGCCUGGACCACAUGUCCGAGAAGCUCGUCGACCCAGCCUUUUUAUCCUUUGCCAUUGUGGUCAUCAUCGUGGCGCUCAUCUUCAUCUUCGUGGUGGGUCCCCGUCACGGUCAGAGCAACAUCCUGGUGUACAUCACCAUCUGCUCGGUGAUCGGCUCGCUGUCGGUGUCCUGCGUCAAAGGCCUGGGCAUCGCCAUCAAGGAGGCGAUCGCAGGGAAGGACGUGGUGGGGAACCCUCUCGCCUGGAUCCUGCUGCUGGGGCUGCUGGCCUGCGUGAGCACGCAGAUCAACUACCUGAACAAGGCGCUGGACAUCUUCAACACCUCGCUGGUGACGCCCAUCUACUACGUGUUCUUCACUACCUCCGUGCUCUCCUGCUCCGCCAUCCUCUUCAAGGAGUGGGGUCACAUGGGGGCCGGGGACGUCAUCGGGACCCUGAGCGGCUUCCUCACCAUCAUAGUGGGCAUCUUCCUGCUGCACGCCUUCAAAGACGUCAGCGUCAGCCUGUCGUCGCUCGCCGUGUCCAUGAGGAAGGACGAGCGCCCGGCGGCUAACGGCGUAGCGUCGCACUACGAGCUGCUGCACGAGUCCACGGGAGACAUGGAGGACCGGGAGAUGGGGCCUGCCGUUUGACAGCGUCUCCAGAGGAACGGGGCGAUGACUUCCUCUUUAGAUCACUGAGGAACUCUUCAUACUGACUCAACACCAAUGAGACAUCGACUGUGAAGGAAGCGACUCGGGCGGACCAGCGGAUUGUAUUUAACGUUUUCAUUUGCCUUACUUUUCUCUGAACCCUAGAACUUAAUUUCAUUCCUCUGUAGCGCUGUAAAUAAUAGAGUUUUUUUUAAGGAGAAGUUUUGUUAUAUGUACAUGCAUACUCAUGCACUGACUUACUUUCUAUAAAUCAAAGGGAUAAAAUGUUUUAAUAUAUAUUCUAUAUGAAGUCCUGCUGACAAUUAAAAAAAAGACGCUCACUAUGAUUUUUUUUUUCGUUCUACUUGAAUGGUAACGACAGAUUUCGUUGGAAGUUUCUUUUUUUACAUAAAGCUCUCGAAGGUGAACCAACAGAUUUGUUACAUAUUUAUUGAAUUAAAACAUUGAAGGCACAGUGAAUAAAUGCUUAACAUGA